CCCCUUGUAACUAUUGUAAACAAAUGGCGUCUACAAACUGUGAAACAUAAAUUUCGAUAAUAUCCCGUGUUUUUUCCAACAGCUUUGACAUAUUUAUACAACAUGGGAGCAGGAUCGAGUAACAACAUAAAGACUAUUAAAAUUGACCAACAUGAUUCAGAUUCCACCAAGAAUGACGAUGGGUUUGGAAUACAGAAAUCUAUUCUGGAACACAGUCAGAGCCCUACAGCUAGUGUGCAGACUGCUUCUGUGGAACGACCCGAUUCAGGGAAGUACAGUGCUAGACUCAGUAACAGAGGCGACAUAGACUCGCUGACCAGGCAGCUGUGCGAGAGUGAGAGUGUGAGGCUCGAUCUGGAGGACAGAAUACAAGCCCUUGAGGAACAGCUGGCCGAGGCAAGGGCUGAGAAUAUUGCUCAAGAGGAACGGCCCUGUGAUGAGACACUGCAUGCCAAAGAUCAGUUCAUUGCCAAACUGGAGAAAGAAAAAACUGAGAUACAGACUGAGUGUCAGAAAAUGAAAGUGCGUCAUCGGAAGAAACUUAAGCAGCUGAACACUCAAAUGGCUGAAUAUAAGCAGGAGGUUAAUUUCCAGAUGAUGGAACUUCAAGAAGAAAUAGAAAAGCUAAAACAGAAAAACUCAGAAAAAUUGCCAAAAAAUGAGAAAGCACCAGCAUAUGCAAGCAUUGGUGAUGGUAAAUCAAAGUCUGGUGUUGAUUCGAUGGCAAGCAGUGAGUCAAAGGCAGGCGGAGACAAGAUGAAGCUGAUACUAGAACUGUCAGAGCAAGUGGCGGACCAGCAAGACAAGAUAGCAGCCCUGGAGAGUACUGUCAGGGCCAGGGACACCACCAUAGACGAGCUCAGGAAGAAAAUGAAGAAUAACUCGGACUACUUGAAGGCAAUCAAUAGUGCCAGAGACUCACCGCAACUGGAACAGACUGGUGGGAAUAGAAAUAAAAAUAACAACAGUGGUAAGCGGCUGUCGAAGCAUUCCAGUUUCACUAGCACUCAAAGCAAAUCACAGCAUGUUUCUGAUGCCGCAAAGAUUGAUGCUCUUUUCUCGUAUGGAGAGGAGGAGAGUGAUGAAGAUGGUGGGAGUUUGAAUAAACUGUCAUCGCUGCUGAAAGGGGUGAAGUCAUCUGCUAAGAAGCCCAACUCCAGUUUAGAUUUGCCCCAUGACACGCUGGACAGCGACAGGCAUGCUUCCAUUGGUGGCUCUACGCCAGGAGAUGAACAAGACGCAAGCAAUGGCAGGGACUCUGGGCUUGGGUCAGCUGGGAAGCGAGAUGAACAACUGUUGAAUGGAAAGCGGAUCACGGCUCUAUCGGACUGGAGGGAUCAUGUUCCCUCGUUUGAAUCUGGUUCUGGUCUGUCAGACUCUGAUAUGGAGCCUCUAUACCAUUCAGCAGGCAAAAUAUCCAGUGCUCCAGCGAAAAUGCGUAAUAUUGAGGGGAAAAAAUUGAAAAAGAAAUCCAACAGUUUGCGGAAUAGAUCAAAGGCAAUUGGUGAGGUGGCAGAUAAACCUCCUCGUCCAAGUAUGGCUUUCAUGAAACCAGUCCACGAGGAAGACUUUGGUUUACCUUCGGUAGGAAGAUCUCCUGUUUCAAAACAAAUCAGCCCCAUUGAAGUAUCAUAGCUUUCUAAUUCAUACAAUUAAUGUGCAUAAUAUUUUCUUUAUUUAUGCAUGAAUAUGAUUCAUUUUGCUGAAAUGGAUGAUCAGCAACGCAAGUGCAUUAUAUUCCCUGCCAGUAUUAAAUGACAUUAUAAAGGUAGAUUGUUUUGUUUUAGUUUUGUAAAUUUUUAUUAAUUGUUAAAAUAGCUGUUUUUAUUGUUAACAUUCUUUAAGUUUUUAAGAUAACCAAGUACACCCCAGAUCAUAUGUAUCAUGACAAGGUAUUAAGUCUUGUAAAACGCAUAUUAGUUUAGGUAUUCUUAAGUCAGGACCCCGUUGGGAGUUUAGCUCCAUAUUCAACAAUUUAAUGUCUAUAUCCCGUUAAAUUUAAAGUUGUUUUGCCAGUAUACAUUUUACUCUGGAGGAUUGAGAAAUGCAUGUUGUUUAACAAUGUUCAGAUGUAAACAAAAUAUGUUUGUAAUUUUUUUAGAAUUAACUUGAUCAAAUUCAUUAAUUCUAUUAUUGUUUCAUACAGAAUGUUUUUUAAUCAAUAAAGAUUGCAAAAACAAAAUAAAACUUUUAUUUUAUUUUAUAUCUUGGUUUUCAUUGUGGCAAUAUGAUAAAAAAUGUUAACUUGGCUACAAAAAUAAUUUAAGAAUUCCCUUUUGAACUUUGAGAACACUGGUAAUCAUUUUGAGAAAAGUAGUCUACAAUUUUUUAUGAUUUUUUUUUUUUAUCACCAUACCAAAAAGUCUUCCAGUAACAAUGAAUAAGUGGAUUAAAAUGUGUGUGAGUCUAGAAAGCAAAUGAGGUUGGAGUGCUGGCACACACUCUGGGUCCUCACAUACUGCAGCGUCAGGCAAAUAUGGUCCUCAUAAAUAGGAAAUAACACAUUGUUUUUUGAAUUUUUCACAUUCUAGUUCACCAUGCUACUUAGAUAAGUCCAAGGGAUUCCAUUCAGUGUUCAAUUCAUGUUUUGUUAGUUUCCAAGACUUAAAUAAGUUGAAUAAAUGUGAAGAAUUGAUAUAUAAAUCAAAUAUUAAAUGAUGGAAUUUAAAAAUUAAGUUGUCAUUUUUAAUGAAAAAAAUAGACAUGAGCAUUUAAUUAUUUUGGAAUUCACUACAAGUGUAGCUGGUUUGCAAAUACAUGUAGAAGAUAUUAUAACCACUAUGAUACACAAUUUUUAUUGUAUGAGAAAAAGAUGUUCUUGUAAUAUUGGUGCAAAGGUUGGAUUAUAAAAAAUGUUUACCUUGUGACAAUCAUUUUUCAUCUAGUAUUAGCUUGGCAGUCAAUUUUCUUUUUUAAGAAUACCCAGGACUUUGGGUAUUUUUAAUAAAUAAAUAAUUAAUGUGUUGGUAUAUUGCAUUGUUUUCUGUUUCAAAAUAUUUACAAUUGUGACAUAUGUCUGACAUUGUUAAAUGCUCUUGUUUGUUUUUACUGAUAUUAAAGUGUUAUAUAUUAAAGUGUUUGUUUAUUGUGUUGUUUAAUAAUAAUAUCUUUGUGUAGUUGUGUUUGUUUGAGGUAUUGUCAAAAAUUAUUGAAAGGAGCAAUACUCUUAUAAAGUUGCACAUGCUGAAUGUGAAUACAUUAGGGGCAUCAACUGUUUUUAUCAUUCAUAUAGACUUUUAAUAAAAUAGCAAAUCUUG